AUGGCCUCCAACACCGCUAUCCCCACAUCGACCUCGGUCGUCGAGAGCGCCGUCAUCAAGGCCCCUCUCAGCCACGUCUGGCACCACAUCAAGCUCCAGAACUUUAGUGACUUCUGGUCUGCUCUGAAGCAGAGCGAGUUCACAAAGUCCCAGGAGGAGACCGACGUCGUCAAGUGGACCUUCAACGACGGCACUGAGCUUGAGGUCAAGCAAGAGGAGCACAGCACCCUCAACCACUACAUCACCUACAGUGUCAUCACCGCCAAGCCGGAGUUGACCUACACCAGCGUGGUCAGCACCAUCCGCUGCUACUCCGUCACCUCGGGUGACCUUGAGGGCAGCACUUUUGUCGAAUGGACUGGCAACUUCUCCAGCGAUGCCGACGCUGGCGUUAUCCAAGAUGCCAAGUUCAAGCGCCGUGACGCUCUCGCAGACUUGGCCAAGGCUGCUGCCAAGAAAUAA